AUGACAGAGCUCUAUUUCUUACGGCAUGGACAAAGAAUAAAUGAAGCUCUCCUGGAAGAUUCAGAGGCAAAACCACUAUUGGACGAGUAUCAGAAAUAUGAUCCUUCACUUUCUACUAAAGCCGUGACGCAAAUGAAGCAGGCGGCAGAAGACAUAUGUAACAGUACACAAGCAUUUACGGAAGAGGACAGUAGCGUUAGGAAGAACAUUUUCAUUCAUUUUAGUCCAUAUUUAAGGUGUUGUCAAAGUGCGGAUCUUCUCAUCACUAAUUUAAAAGAGAUGCUUCUGAAGCAGCAUAGUAAUUAUAAAGUGAGGUUUCAGCUAUUGGGUGACUUUGCUCUUAGCGACUGGAUUCACGAUGAAAUGAAGGAUAAGCCACCAUUUAUAGAUUCAAAUGAUGCUUACCAGAUGUACACUCCAAAUUUGAAGACUUUGAAAAAUAAGUCUGCUUGUUCAAAUUUCAGACCCACCAUUACGUUGGGGCAAUUCAACGGGCCAGAUUUAAGUUACAAGGACUUCCAGGCUAGAUGCAAAAGCUAUUUCAAAAAGUUGUUGGCUACUUAUGAAAGAGCUAACUAUAUCAAGAAUCGCGAUAUCGUCAUAGUUGUUACUCAUGGUUACGUCGUGAGCAAUUUUCUAUCAUACUUCAUAAGCCGUCCGAUAUUCAAUGAGAUUCCUGAAGCCAAAAUAAAUUUAGCAGACAGGAUUUUAAGGGACGAUGCCGAAACCUCUGAACUUGAAGAAUUCGACCCUUCUUUAUACACGUGGAAGCUAACGAAGGAUUGUUUAAACAUGCUUGAAAAUGAUGCUAUAGACAGCAACCUCAAUUUGGAAACUGAUAUAAUUUAUUACAAGACAAAUUUCAUAAAGAAGAAUGAUCCGAGACAUUUUUCGAACACCUUGGCAGUACCUGAAAGCGACAAGCCCAGGCCCUCGUUUAAAGUUGAAGAGGACAAAAGAGAAAGCAAAAACAGAUCAAAUGCAUCGCUCCCUAAGACGAACUACCUUUGCUCUUCGGCCAAGAAUUGGACACCUCAAAAUAGCAGGCAAUUUAAAAUAAAGGCGGAUUUUAAGUUGAAGGUCAUAAAUGAUGAUUCUUUCAAAAAGAGAUUCAAUAUCAUAAACCAUCCCAUAAAGCCCAUAAGUCCUGAAGUACUGCCGAAUUCAGAGCCAUCUAGAUCAAACUCUGUUAUAGAUUUAACAAAGUUGGUUGAUAAUGAUGAUAUAUAUAAGCCGAUGAAAUUAAAAUAUGCAACAACUUCUAACAUACCUAUUGCCAGGCUAAAUUCGAAGGUUAACUCACAGGUCUCUUUAGCCCAAUGUCAAAGGCUAGCCAGCAAUCCUUCGAAUGAAAAUUCUAAAGUUGACUUACCUAAGUACAUAUCUAUUAUGAAAUCAAGAAACAGAUCGACAUCUAACCCACCAAAUAUGGGAACAAAGAAACAUGGAUCUGAUUCUUACUUUCCUCAGGUAAUGAAAGUCAAAUCAAACGAUGCAGGUACUGAUAGUCCGAUGUCAAUAUCAUCGAGCGUCUCAGAAGGUCGCUCUGAAGAUAUUGACAUGGGAAGGGACAGUCAAAAAUCUAUCAUUGGAUCAGAAGCGAAACCACACGUCACAAAGAAGAACGAUUCAAUAGGUCGAUCCAAGUCUCUUAACACUAGGUCUCGAGGUAGGUCGUUUGCAGUUGCACAAAGGGCAGUCAAUAGGACACUUGAUAGUGACAAUGAAGAUAAUAUGCCACAAAAAUUUUUCUCCUUGUCAUUUUCUAAUGGUAGAGAGGAGAAAAAGCAACCGGUUUCUGUAAGGACUGCUACCACUCAAACGGGAUCCAACCUGGUACAUUUCAUACCAACAAUAAAUGAAACGAAUAACCCCAGGUUUUCUGAAAGACCCAAAGAAAACUCCGAACCAAUUUUCUACCAAUUACAUAACGGAUCUUCAAGUAGUUCAGACUCCUCUGAAGAUGAGUCUGAUAAAAUGGAAGUCGAAGGUCGCCCACUCAACAAAAAUAACCAGUAUAUCUGGUUUGGUCAAAAUAGAUGA